UAAAAGUUAUAUAUUUUGAUUGAUCAACACCGGAUAUCUCAUCCACCACACAGCUCCAGUCAACAGGCAUGGUCCCUGGACUUGUUUCCAACACUCGAAGCACACCGCGGGAAAUUGUAGCUUUCUUCGGGAGAGCUACAGGUUAGUGCUUCACCAUGGGCCGGCUAUCGUCAAAAGGCUACAUCAAGCUGCACGCUCUCUUCCAGUUCGCCCUCGCUAUCUACCUCACUCGCUACAAGGAAGUCAUCUCGGACUGCGACCUCGUAUACAAUGUUAAUGAUGUUAUUCGGAUCGAUGCGACACCGACGUUUGCCCGUCCUCGCUCUCCGUUUGCCUACUGCGGCGUUAUCCUGCUUGUCUUCGCUCUUUUCGACCUAAUAUUAACCAUACGGCUACCUUUAAUCAACCAACUAAUCUCUAUAACGAGGCGCCUUUUCGAUUCCCGAUUAGCAAAUAGCUCCGGCCGCUCCCGCACUUCCCGCACCUCCCGCACCUCUCCCUCCUCCCCCUCUUCCCCAGCAUUAUCCACCGCCAAAAAGAUGCUCAGAAUCUACAACUCCAUCUUUACGCAUAUGUGCAUCCUUCUUGCCGUAACCAGAUGCCUAGUUUUCUCCAUCAUAUCAAUACGAAUCUACGCUUCUGCGACUGAUAUUUGGGUGCCGGCUGCUGCUGCCUCCGGGAUGCAGGAUACCGCUGCGCUAGACGCGAAAGCCAUCCAUAUGAAAAACAAGGUGGUGCUGGGAUAUGCGGUGAUAGAGAUGAUGAUUUCCUCUUCUACACUCCUCUCCCUCAAAGAUGAGCGCCGCCAAGUGGACUCAGUCCUAUUAUUCGGACCCCUCCUCCCUUCACGAUUUCUAUAAGAAUAGUUUUAUACAUAUGGCGGUUUCGUGUCGUAAUGCGACCACACACUACCGAUAGGUACAUAAUGGGGACCUUGUUUAGUCAACCGACGAAGGACGAAGUAAACUGAGGAGGUUUUUCUUGCCUGCAGCGCAGAAUAUUUUCCACUUCUCUGGCUGGAGAGUUUGGGGUACAGUACAAAGAGAAAAAAGCCGAGUCCCGAAACAAGGGGUUUCUUCUAUUUCACUCGUAUACCCCUUUGGGGUUUUUUUUUUUUUUUUUCUUUUUGCUUUCUUCUUUUCUUUCUUUUAAAUGUGUGCCUGUUCCUUUUGGGUUUUUCCUGUCUCAUUUUCAAAGAGAAAGAAAGGCUUUGGAAGAAAGCUAUGUACAUGUACUGUACAUUGUGGUUCUGUGUCACCCAACAAAAAAUGAAACGAAGCGAUUCAUAGCAUAGGAUGUUAAUAAGGUUGUUGGGGGAGCAUUUGCGUAAAAUAGAUUAUUUAGGUAAUAAUGUAUUUUUAGGCGGUUCAGGUUUUAUCCUUCUUGUGUGGAA